AUGUCCGUCUCAACGAGCGGCGACAACAAGCGCGCAUUCGGCCUCAUGAGUGCAGUCGCUGCCAACCUCGACAGGCUGCGGUCCAGCAUCGACGCGUUGCGACAGCUGCACGACCGGUGGCCGGAUGGCAGCGGCACCAUUAUCAACUUGAUUGCCCAGUUGAGCUCGCUCAAGGCCAACUUGGGUGAAAUGCAGGACUGGAUGAACUAUGCCAUCAACGAAAUGCAUCCACAACUACUCAAUGACCUCAAUAUGCUUAUGACAUCGUGUUCAUUACUUAUGCGCAAUCUAGAUGGGCUGACAGCGCAAAUGCGCCAGCCCGACCACGACAAGGCGGAUUGGGCGCUGAAGUUGAAGUUCAGAGUGGGGAGUCGGACGAUGACUCGAUUACGAGGUGUUGCAAAGAGGCAGACGGAUGCCGUGAGCUUGCUUCUCGCAGCAUGCAAAACCCACACAACAGCACAGCGAAAGAUUUUACUACACAAGAGUCGGCAGAUCAGGAAAGAAGAUGCAUCAUCACUCAACACUCUGGUCCGGACCUCGAGAGUAAACGGACAAGCCAUCAAGGCGCUCACGCAGAUGUCCCGCAUGAUUCAAUGGUUCCGCCUCUUAUUCUACAUUAAGCUGUUGGGAAAAGCACCAGAGGAACCACCGACCGAGGAAGACUACCUCACCGCCGCUGCAGCGAUGCGGUCCGACGCCAUCGAUCGCCAGCUGGAGUCCGACGAGCUCAACCUGCGCCGCGAGACAAAACUUGUGCUCGUGGGCCAGCCAAAUUCCGGGAAGGAGCUCAUCAUGCGCCAAAUGAAAGUAAUCUACGCCGAAGGCUACCCAAUUGCAGAGCGGUACCAAUACCGCGUCGCCGUGCGGUCCACAGUCCGCCUGCUCAUUCACUCCAUCAUCGACCUGCUAAAGGACACGGGCGUCCCCUUGAAUGAAGACCUCACACAGGACUUUGCCGUUCUCCUCCACGAAAUCGAGACAAGCGACAUGUCGCAUCUCACUCCUGCGGCGGUAACCGCCACGCGCAACAUCUGGAACUCGUCUACCUUCUCAACCCUUUACAUCAAAAACUUUGAAAUCGACUUUCCCCAGUACGCACCCUACUUCGCCGAGUCCAUCGUCCGCAUCGCCUCGGACGACUACGUUCCAUCCGAAGCCGACAUCAUCCGCCUGAACCAGUCUGCGGGCGGCAUCAAAGAGCUGCGCUUCGACUGGGAUGAGCUGGGCGUGCAUCUGUUCAACAUUAGCGGGUUCAUCCCCGACCAGUUCCGCAAGCGGUGGUUCCACCAGCUGGAAAACGCCACAGCCCUCAUCUAUUCCGUCGACGUGUCCACGUACGACCGCCCGUACCUCGGACAGUCUACAGAGUCGCAGCUCCUCGACGACUUCGCGACGUUCGAGUCGUACGCCAACAGCCCCAAGUUUGCCGGCGCCAGCAUCAUCCUGUUGCUCAACAACUUCACGCGGUUCAGAGAGAAACUCCCGCACUCGCCGCUCGAGACGUUUUUCCCGGACUACAAUCCCCCCAUUGCCUCGCCAGGGCUUCCGCGCUCGGCAACGUCCGCGCAGUACAUCCUGCGGCGGUUCAAGGCGGUCAACCGGGCGCGGCUGUCCAUCUACAGCUUCUGGGUGGAUCUCGACAUGAGCGACAACACGCACCUGUAUGCGGCGCUCAAGAAGACGCUGCUGCACAUCCAGCAGCGGAAAGCGCGCAGCGAGGUGUGGUCCGAGGGGAGCGGUGGCGGGGGUGGGCGGGACAGUGCGAGGGGGCAUCGGAGGGAAUGGAGCGGGACGGUUACGAGUGCGAAGAGUGGGAAGUCGAGUACGGUCAAAAGCAAGGGGAGCGACGUGGGGCUGGUGAGCCAGUUUUCCAAUCACAGUCGGUAG